AUGUCUGGAUGUGCCGAAGAAGUGAUAUGCAGUCGGGGAGGCACUGCUCCGAAGCGUGCAUCGAGCUCAGGUGAAAGCAGCAGCAGCAGCACUGGGACGACGGAUUGUGGUGCCGGACAGUUGCCACCUCUUCGGUUAGGGAUGUUCGAUUUCAAGCAGUGUGACCCGAAGCGCUGCACCGGAAGGAAGCUGAUGCGCCACGGCCUUGUUAAAGUCAUCAAAAUAGGAAGCAAAUUUGGGGGACUGGUACUUUCACCCAGUGCUAAUCGGACACUUUCGGCAGCAGAUCGCAGUUUCGUGCUUGCAGGUGGCUUGGCCGUGGUGGACUGCAGCUGGAAUCAGGUCGAUGGUACACCACUGCACAGAAUUAAAGCUGCGCAUCAUCGUCUUCUGCCUUUUCUGGUAGCUGCAAAUCCAGUAAAUUUUGGGAAGCCAUGCCAGCUGAGCUGCGUAGAAGCACUGGCAGCCGGUCUCUGCAUCAUUGGCCUGAAAUCGAAAGCAGUCCCAUUGUUAGACAAAUUUAGUUGGGGAAUGAAUUUCUUAAAAUUAAAUGAAGAGCUUUUGUCCGUGUACGCAUCCUGUAAAACUGGUGCCGAAGUGAUUGCCAAGCAAAAUGCCUAUGUGGAAGAAAUGCAGCGACAAGCGAGCGAAAUGAAACAGCGACCAAUGGAUUUGCCUGAGUCUACCUCCGAAACUGAAAGUAGUGAUGAAGCAGUUUGCCAAUAUUGA